GGUUUCAGUAUCGAACCGGCUUUCUACUGCAACGGAUUGGAAAUAAAUUGCGAAUAGGCGAGAAAACGCACAAAAUAAUAUAUACCCAAUACAUACAUAUACAUACAUAGUUAUGUAUAUAUUUUUCUACUUAAAAUAUAUUUUUGCAUUAUUACCCUUUGAAGAAGAAGCGGAAGAGAAUUGUAUGUAAAGUAGUUGUGCAAAGGCUACUACCAACUACUACCAUAUUUAUGCGAACGCCAUUUGUGUGUGAAUUAGCAAAUUUUAUGUGACUAAUUAAAUGUGUGAAACACGAGUAGAAUAUAUUAAACCCUACAAGCUUACGGUAAAAAUAGUAUGUACAGCACUUGCACUAUAAAAAAAAAUAAAAUUGUCAAAAAAAGUUUAAUCAAUCAACGAAAAAGAAAACAAGAGAAAAUCGAAAAAUUUAUAAAUGAAAAUUUUGAGAGGCCCUACAAAGUGUGAAAGAAGGGUGCGUUAAAGUGAGCAGCAUAAAGUGAGUUUUGUUUUGUUAAACCGUGUUUUUGUUAUUACCAUAUUGACUGCGGCGCGUACAAAGACGCAAUAAGUUUUAUAACUGUUUUUCACGAGUUAGAAGUGCCAUAUACGUUACGCGUUUGUUUUGGCACGCGUACGCCGAAAUCCUUACAUUGGGAACGUGUGGGAACCCAGCCGCGACGUUAUGCGUUUAUGAGAAAAAUCGAUUGUCCUGCAUGUGGAGUUUUCACUUCAACACCAUACGUACUACAUAGACGAAACGCAUAGAGAGAAACAACGUGCAACGUAAAACACGCCUGAGACAACGCCAAUGUGUUGUCCUGCCGACUGGACGUACAUGACAACAACAGCAACAAACAUAUCGAUGUCAUGGACAGAGCGCCAGGAAAGAAUAAAGACCCACCCACUGCAGCAACAGCAGGUGAUGCCCAGCAUGAAAGUGAGUAUGCCGGUGCAGGGCCGCCGCCCAUACCAGCUACGCGUACACGGCGUUUAAAUCGCACAGCUGACGUGUUGCCGUCAAGUGGCGCUGCAACACCAACCGAACCAGCUGUGACCGACAUUGCCACCGUUAUUAGGGACGAUGCGCACGAACAGCUGGAGACGUCAACAAUUACGCGCACAUAUACCACGCGUAAAGUAAUACACUGCUCGUCGGAGUUCCAUGAGAGCAGCUCAAGCUCCAGUUCCGUGCAAUAUGUGGCGGAGGAAGAGCUGGAAUCGCCUACCACACCGCAACGUUUGCGUCAAAAGGUGGCGGAGUAUGAAAAGGUUUGGUCCUCCGGUGGAAGCCUUAAGCGUUCACCGGACGAGAGUGCUGAAGAGUUGCGUCGCGAAUUCAUGCAAACUUCAUCUGAAAGCGCGGAACACUCGACACAAGCCAUCACCGUUGUUGGUGAGACAUUAGAGAAUCCUUUUGAUAUUGAUGUGCUGGAGAUUGAGAAGCGUUUGCGCCGGGAACGACAGCGUGGUUUGGCGGAAGCCGAGGCGGCUAAGCAGGCGUUUCAACAGGUGCAGUUGCGCCAUACGCCGCAACCGUCGCCGCGCAGGGUGGAAGUGCAAGAAGAUUACACCGCGUUGCCAUUUAAUGUGACGCUGCGUACAACCACCAAAUUGAGUCCCGGUGCUGAAUCAGGUUAUGUAGAUGUGGACGACCAGUCUGCAAGCCCUUUCAAUGUAACACUGCGUACAACGCGUCGCAUUGUGAAGAAGGAUUUAUCGACGAGCUCACAGCAAUAUGAAGAAACUUCGACGACCACAGGCAGCCCUUUCAAUGUCACGCUACGCACAACGACACGUCAUGGGUACCCGUUUAGCCCCGUCAAUCCUGGCGAUCCGAAAAAUGCAACUGCUAGUUUUCUGGAAUCCGAGAAGACAGUGCGUGAAGUUCAUGCCGCUGACGGUGUACGUACGAUCGUCACUUCGUCGAUGACCAGUGAUGGACGCAAGCAUGAAGAGAAGAUUUUCCGACAUGGCGAAGGAUAUGUAUCGCCACGUUGUUCACCGCAACGUGAGAAUCGCGCUUUCUUCGAAUCCAUGGAGCAAGAACGCGAAGGCUCCGUGCCACGUUCUGGCAGCGGACGCGCCAGUACAACACCACCACCACGGUCUGUAGAUAUGACCGCCGGUGGUCGCCGUAUACUGAUACGUUUGGAAGAUGAAAUUCACGAUGAGAGUGCAUAUCACGAAAGCAGCGACUUUACUGACUCGGUGCAGGCGCGUAUACGUCAAUUAGCACGUAGUCCGGACGGCGGUGGUGGCGCCGCUGCCGGUGCUAUGUACAACGUUGCGAUGGAAACGUCACCUGGUAACAUUGAACUUACUGUGGGUAGCACACACCACCACCACCAUCAGCUGCACCAUCAACAACAACCGCAACAGUCGGGCCAAUGGUAUUACCAACAGCAACGGCAAGUACACCAAAUGGAUACCAACAACACUUUGGAAAACGUAAUUUCGGAAACACAAGAACAACAUCAAACACCAUGGCAAAUGCAAUCAGGCGAAACCGUAACAAUCAGUACACCGACAGGCGAAGCCGCGACAGGACAUACAAUAACGGGUACGCAUACGGCUAGCAUAUUGCAGACGGGUCAAUCGCACGAUUCUUCCACAGAAGAAUCGCAACGAGUUGUCAGCAGAAGAAAGAAGCAAACGACAACGACCACAACGACAACGCUUACUAGUAAUACAAGUAGGCACGCGAGUGAAGAACGUGAAUUGCGCGAGGUACAACAACGUCAAGCUGUCGCCGGAAAAUUAACGCGUCCAACUGGUUUAGCUCUAUCCGGUGCUUAUGUGCGUGGACAUGAAAAGACCGAAAACCCGCUGAAAAGUGAUUUAAGUGACGAUUCGGAUACGGAAGGUGUGGCUGCAAAGCAUCUGGUAAUUGUGCCCACACGUGUGGAGCCCAACCAGGCAGCCGCCGCCAGAGUGAGCCGUAGUCAAAGUCCCAGUGCAAGUGCAAGUGUGAGUGCUAGUGCAAGUGUAAUACAUACGCCGACAACCCCUUCAACAACGACAACUGCUAGUAGUACUUUCGGUAAGAGUCUGACAGGACAUCAGACACUACAACAACAAAGUACUCAAGACGAAUACCAAGAAUUCCAAUCCACAAUGGCAGCGAUCAAUUUCGCACGCAGCAACUCCCAAUACGACAGUCAUAUCAGGGAGAAGAGAGAGGAGCAAGAACGUGUGCAGAAGAAGACAUUUACUAAUUGGAUUAAUUCGUACCUCUCGAAGCGUGUUCCACCGCUUCGUGUUGACGAUUUAAUCAACGAUUUACGCGAUGGUACCAAACUUAUUGCACUUUUGGAAGUGCUUUCCGGCGAACGUUUGCCCGUGGAGAAGGGUCGCGUUCUACGACGUCCGCAUUUCCUCAGCAAUGCCAAUACAGCCUUACAAUUCUUAGCUAGUAAACGUAUCAAAUUGGUGAAUAUCAACCCGGCUGACUUGGUGGAUGGGAGACCACCAGUUGUGUUGGGUCUGAUUUGGACCAUUAUAUUGUACUUCCAGAUUGAGGAGAACAGCCGCAACCUUGAAUAUUUGGGUCAUGGUAUUGGCGGUUCGGUUAGUUCACUCGACAGCGUUGGCAAGAAUGUCAGCGAUCAAAAGGCUGAGAAAUGGAAGCAAGGUGCUAGGAAGACUCUAUUGAAUUGGGUUACCAAUGCCUUGCCAAAAGACAGCGGUAUUGAGGUAAAGGAUUUCGGUGCCAGUUGGAGAGAUGGCGUCGCCUUCCUAGCCCUUAUUGAUGCCAUUAAGGCAAAUCUUGUCAAUUUGGCUGAUUUGAAGAAAACCAACAAUCGUCAACGUCUCGAAACAGCUUUCGAUGUGGCCGAAAGCAAAUUGGGCAUUGCCAAAUUGUUGGAUGCUGAGGAUGUGGAUGUACCCAAACCGGAUGAGAAGAGUAUAAUGACAUAUGUGGCGCAAUUUUUGCACAAGUACCCUGAACCAAAAGGUGCCUCACGUGAUACAUCACAUAUACAACAGGAAUUGGACGAACUGCGUCGCUUCCUUGUGGAAAAGACUACCGAAUACGAGCCCAUGGUCAUGUCGAAUUCAUUCCCGCGUGAUUUCGCUGAAUAUCUGAUUGCACGUUCAGAGAUCGAUGCCCACUUGCCGGCUUACAAUCGUCUGAAGCAGUUGAUGGAAAGUCAAAGUGGUUUCCUGCAAGUGCCACGCCCCGUGUGGGAGGACAUCAAUGCGCUGUGGCAACGUCUACAAUAUCAAAUGAACUAUUGGCUGUGGUUAUUGGAUUCUGAGUUGCCCGGUGAAUUCGGUGUGGUCGGCAAGUGGUUAGCUGAAGCCGAAAAAUUACUAAUGGAUAACGAAAUACCGAACGCCAUGAAUGAGGAGACAGCAUCGGUGAUUAGUAGAAAGCUGGAGGAGCAUAAAUUAUUCUUUGCCGAUUUGCCGCGUAUUAUCGCGAUGUUCGAAAAUGCCAAACGUUCGCCGUUGGUGCAACAAGUGCCCAUUGAACAGUUGCGCAAUAUGGAGCGUCGUCUGCAAGAUGUAGCACCCAGGGCGGCUGAGCGUAGAAUACGUUUGAAAUUCCUUGAACACAAGUGCUGUCUGAUUGCUUUCCUCAAUUUGGUUGAGAACAAGAUGAAGGGUUGGACUGGCAAGUAUGGCUACGAGGAGAAGGUCAGUCAACAACUGGAACAAUACAAGAAUUUCGUGUCUCGCAACAAGAUCUUCCAAGAGUUCCAGAAAGCAUUCGUCGAUAUGCAACAAGUGGUCGAUGAGUACAAGCGUGACGGCAAUGUGCCGCGCAAUGACAUCACUGAAAUCGAUCGUUUCAUGUAUGAGACCGAAGAACGCUGGAAGCGUGUCUCCAUGGAGCUGAAAUGUUGCCAAAACUCGCUGGAAGAGGUUGUGAGCUGUUGGAAGACAUGGAAUCAGCUGGCACCCACUUGUGAAGAGUGGCUGAACUUGGCCGAAACUAAAUUGUCACGUUCGGAAGAUGAACGUUUGGAAUUCUUCCAGGACAUCACUACCUGGAAGGACAAAUUCGAUACACUUGCUAAUGCGGCCAACUAUUUGAUCGCCUCUUGCGAAGAUGGCAUUGCCAACAAUCUGCGUCAGAAGCAUGGCAAUUUGUCGGAACGCUUUGAGCGUCUCUUCGCCAACACCAAACAAUACAUGCACGCCGGUGACAUCAUACGUGCACGCAAUGAAUACAAGUCGGGCAUUGAGAAGCUCUCGCAAUGGCUACGUCACGCGGAACAAGUGUUGGAGCAACGUCAAAUGCUCGGCAAUACACAACAAAUCACCAAAUACGGCGAGGACUUGCAGAAGUUGGCCAGCGAGAUUGACGAUAAUGAGGAACUCUUCAAGACAGUCAGCCGUAACUUCCAGGGUCUGAUACAGGAUCUACCACGCGAAGAAGUUGACAAAAUGAUGAAGUUAUUGAAACAAGAGAAGGAGUCUUUGGUGCGUAUACGCGCGCAAAUCCCUGCCAAACUGCACCUCUUCCACCAGCUGCUCAUUCAGCAGGAGUCACUCGAAGCGGGUCAGAAGGAAAUACAUCAAUGGCUGAACGAUGCUGAGACCUUGUUGAGCACGCAUACGCUGUCUGGUGGACGCGAUGCUAUCAGUGAGGAGCUGAAUAAGCAUAAGACUUUCUUCUCGCGCACUGUCUACUAUCGUUCCAUGCUGGAGAGCAAGAAUAAGGUUUUCCAAAACUUGCUGAAAUCUGUGGCCGCCGAUGACAAUAUCGACACCUCACAGACGGCACACAACAUGCAGCAAUUGAACGAGCGCUUCAAUUAUGUCAUACAGAAUGCCGAACAGUGGGAGCAGCGCUUGAAUGACGCCUCACGCGGCUGGCACGCGUUCAAGGAGAACGAACGCGUCGUUAGUGAGUGGCUGACGCAGGCUGAAUCGAUGCUUAUUGAGAAGCACAUCGAGUCGAAGACCAUCAUCGAGACACAGAAAUAUUUCUUUGAAAAUGUAAAUGAACGCUGGAUGCACAAUCUAGUAGAAUCUGCACAGGAUUUGCUUAAAACGCUGCCAGCACAAGAGCAGAAGCCUGUCGUGGACUCCGUUGAGAAAUUACAAAACAAAUGGCAACAGGUUUUGUCGCAAGCACCACUGCAUUUGCUGAAACUCGAGUUCCGUUUGGAUGAGUCGGCCUUCUAUCAGACAUUGCAAGAGGUCGAAAAGGAAUUGCACUUGGAACAACAAGCUUUGAAUCGCAACGAAGACAUUGAUUCAAUACUCAACCGCAAUGAGCAGUUCUUCCAACAACAAGGACCCAUACCGCGCAUCGAGAAGAGCUUGCAGAACAUGCAACGCAUCAGUCAAGCUUAUGGCUAUCAGAAACCAACCGACAUUAGUCUCAAUCAGGCUUAUGACAAUGCUAGGUUGCAAUGGCAGCAGUUGUCGGGUAAAAUCGGCGAUAUGCGCGAGACAUUGCAGCAAAUACCGGCGCAGUGGGACAGUUACCAUGAGAAGUUCAAGGAAAUGGUUGAAUGGAUGAAUAUUGUCGAUAAGAGUUUGAAGAACAUUGUGAACGAGGUGAACAGCAUGGAGGAGUUCGAGAAGGAGAAAGUGGUCUUCCAGAAAAUCUGUCAAGAAGCAGAUAACAAAAGGGAGGACAUGAAAUGGCUGGUGAAAACGCUAGACUCCUUACUUAGCUACGCCAGCGAAGAUGAGGCCAAUCUCGAACAGAAGAAACUUGAAGAUCUAAUUGCACGCUACAAGAACCUCAUACCGACCAUCGAAAUCACAAUGGUGAAGACCGAAGUGUUCUCCAAGUGCUACACGUAUCGUCGUGAGGUGCACGAGGUUGUCUGUCUGCUUAGCAAAGUGAAGGAGCAAGCCACCAAUAUACCACCACCAGAGAGUCUGGAACGUGUCAACAAGCUGAUUGAAGAACAACAGUAUGCCAUUAGUCAGCUGGAUUAUCAACGUCCACACAUCAUGUCGAUGUUGCAGCGUGGUCGUGAUUUAAGUAAGGACGUACAUGCGCCAUCUUUCGUCAAUGUGGAGGUUAAGAACUUGGAGACCGGCUGGAAUGAGGCGUACACCGAAACCGCUGACAAAUUGCAGUCGCUCAAGGGCACACAAGCUGUGUGGAAUGACUUUGUCGAUCAGAAGAACGAUAUCUUCUCAAUGCUACAGACAGCGGAAACUGAAUUGCGUGCGCUAACACCACUGCAGACCGACCCGAAGAACGUAAGCCAAGAUUUGCAUGCCAAGCGUGAGUUGAACGUGCAAUUGCAGCAAGCCUCUCACCAACUGCUACCCAAAUUGCACUCCUUGAAAGCCGAAUUGGCGCCAUUGGCCGCCGCCGAUAAGCGUCCCAUUUUGGAAAAGGAGGUAACCGAGGUUGAAAAGAUGUUCUUCAAUACAAUGGAACAUGUGAAAGAUCGCGUUGGUUAUCUGGAAGACUACAGCGCCAAAUGGAAUAAUUACAAGUCGCGUUUGUCCGAGUUGCAAGAAUGGGCCAACCGUGUAGCACCGAAGAGCAUUGAGGCUUUACAAUCUGAAGACCUCACACCUGAAGAGCGUGUUGUGAAGGUGAACGCUUUCAAGGGCGUACUGGGCGAGCGUAUGAAGCAACUGGAUAUUUUGGCUUCAGAUGCGGCCGAGUUGGCACCGAAAGAGGGUAACAUCGCUGAGGCUAAACGUCUUAAGGGUGAAAUUACCAAGUUGCAAGAGGUGCUGAGCGCCAUCAACCGUAAUGUCGAUCAUCAAGCAAAGGCUGUGCAAGAGGAUCUGGUGAAUUGGCAACAGUAUCAAACUGGUUUGCAGCAAAUCAAACCCGUUAUUGAGGAUUGUGAAAUCAAGGUAAAUACCAUAGUUCCUAAGCCCAUUACACUUGAAGAAGCCGUUGCAUUGCAACAAAAUGCCAAACAAUUCGAAACACAAUGCCUCGAGCAGUUAGACAGACUCCAAGGCAUUUCAAACAUUAGUCAUAAAAUGCUGUGCAAAACCAAUGCCCCUGACGAGUUAGAUGCCAUGCAUUCUCGCUGGACAUCAGUUCAUGAAAAUGCCAAGCAAGCCAGUGGUAAGCUGGAAAAACUGGUCGCGAAUUGGAAAUCAUUCGAUGCCGACGCCGCCAAACUCGAAGAUUGGGUCAACAAAGGCGAGCAAGUGAUGGGCAAACGCCCGGCUGUGCUCAAUACACCGCACGUCGAUAAGCUCGAGAAAGAGUUGGUUAAACUCAAGUCGUUCAAUAAUGAAAUUUCGGAGCAACAAGCCAAACUCGUCGCGCUCGGUCAGUCAGCCGAUCAGAUAAGUUUGCAUUUGGCGCCAGAGGGCGCAGUCGCGCUUAAAGAUCGCGUGAAUGGUAUGAAGGGCAAACUGCAAAAGCUUUCCGAAGCCACACGUGCCAACAUCAACGAAGUGUCGGACGCUAUUAUUGCGCGUCAAGAUUUCAACGCCAAAAUGGUGAACUUCUCCAACUGGAUGGAUCAGCUACGUAAUCAAGUGGCACAGGUUGAGGAGAUUAACCCGGAACGUGUUGAGACAAGUCUACACGUCAUACAUGCGCUAAUGCAAGAGCACGCCGACAAAAAGCCCAGUUUCAAUGCCAUUUACGAUGAAGUGAAACAGAUGUCACUCUCAGCGCCGGCUGAAGAAGCCAAAUCACUGAAUGAUUCGUACACCGGUUUAGUUAUUAACUAUCAGAAUCUGGAAACCAACUUGCAGCAGAAGAAGAUCGCGCUCGAAAAAUGGACCGAGAUUCUGAACUGGAAGAGUGAGACCGAAAGUCAUCUGAACUAUUUGAAACAUCAGUUAGAGAAACCUGACGGUCCACAGCCAGAAGAGCUCAAUAAGAUUAUCAAUGAAAUUGACACAAUUGGUGGCUCUUUAAGUUAUUGGAAAUCGCAAGCCAAGGAGAUCGAUGAAAGUCCCGCUAUUCAGUUGCGUGACGCUUUGACACGUAAACCAUUGAUAGCUUUACAGAUUGUCAAUGAUGUCGAAAACAAAUUAGAUAAUCUAAAGCUGCGUUCCCAGGCACAAAAGCAACAGGCAGAACAGAUGAAUGUGCGCAAAGAGAAAUUCCAAACACUUGGUCAGAAUUUCGGUCAAGCCCUGCUGGAUAAUCGCGCUAAAUUGAAUAGCAUUCUGCAACAGAAGCCCGGUUUGGAUAACAUUGAUCAAAUUAUAGCUGAUUUGGUCGCGCUUAACGAAGUCAUUAAGGGACAAGCCGACUUGAAGAAUCGUCUACAUGAUGAAGGUUCCAUAUUGAUGCGUGAAGAUAUCGCCAGUAUGCCAGCCAUACAAGAGAGUCUGCUCUUCUUCGACAAAGAUUAUGACACACUACAGAAUGAAAUUGCCGAACGCAUACAGAAGUAUAACUUGAUCAGUCAAGCUCUACGUGAAUACGCCGAUACCAAGGAUAAGUUCGGCAAAGAGCUGAAAAAGGCUGAAGAUCUCUUCAAUGCUAUACCGCAACAACCUCGCGACGAAGUGGAGUUGCAACAGGCCGCAGAAAAGACACGUAAAACUAUGGAGCAAAUACGUAAAUCUAAGGCGAAUCUCGAUGACCUCGAUCGUCGCGGAAAUAAUGUUGCGAAACUAUUCGAUGCAAUCGGUGAAGUUGUGCCACAAGAAAUCGCCAACGAUGUAAAGACAGCUAAACAGCAAUGGCAAGAUCUACACGAUAAGACCGCAAAGAAUGCACAUAUGUAUGAAACCGAAGCCGUCAUCUGGUCCCAGAUUGAAGACGCCAAGAAAGAACUUUUACCAUGGUUGAGUGAAACCAAUCAAGGUCUAUGCGAUGCCGCUGAUAAUUCAAUCGAAAUUGAGUUCGGACCAAUGCGCCUAACUAAGUUCCGUGCCGAAUUGCCUUCCUACCAAGUAUUGAAGGACACGAUUGCCGAAAAGAGUCGUGAGCUUGUGAACAUUAACAACGGUGCGGAGAUUCCUUCACUCACUGAACUGAAUAAACUACUGACAGCUCAAUUCCAAGAACUCGAUUCGAAUGCGGCACGCUUGGAUGCCGUAACCUCCUCCUUCAAUGAGCAAGAACAGGACUUGCGCAAGAGAAUCAAGAACGCCGGUGAGCAAGUGAACAAACUGCGUGAGCAGCUAAUCAAAUGCGAUGACAUGUCCGGUGAGCCCAACAAGAUCAUGGAACGAUUGCUGAAGUGUCGCGAGUUGCGCGCCGAAUUAGACAACAGCGCUAAUGAGAUUGACAAUAUCAAGCAACGUGUUGAUGAGAUGCGUUCACAAUAUCCCACUUUCAGUGAGUCCAUCAUACCCAAAGAGCUGAACAAUGUGCAGAAACGCUUCGAGGCCGUCGAUACACAUGCCAAGAAGAUCGAGCAAUCGCUUUUGCAAUUCCUUAAGAAGUUCCAUGCCGAUAAGGUUGGCAUGCUGAAACGCAUAAUUGCUACCCAACGCGAGAAGGUCGCAUGGUGCCAGCCAGAGUCGACAAGCGAUAAAUACAAUUUGGAUGUGAAGCGCUCAUCACUGUUGGAGGUGAGUAAAGCGAUUGAUGAUUGCCACAAGCGUAAUGCCGAAGUGGGCAAGUCGCUGGAGCUGCUAACAGCUGUGGAAUCACCACAACACUUGAACGAUUUACAAAAAGAUGCGCAAUUGUUGGAUGCUGAAAUGAAGGCGCUACAAGACAGUUUCGACAAGAUUAAGAAUGUGCUCGAUGAAAAUGUAGAUCUAUGGUCACAAUAUGAGCAAUCCAAUGAGGAACUCUCUGCAUGGUUGCGUGAUGUUGAGGGACGCAUCAAGGCCGAGACUAGCAAUCAAGUCAAUGUGCCGGAAAUCGAGAAGAAAUUGCAAGAACUCGCAUUAUUGCAACAAGAUAUUGCCGCACAUGAGCCGAUUGUGAAGAAUUUGGAGAAGACUUCGCAGUUGCUGAUGGAGAAAAAUCCUGAAGCGCGCAUAAGUCAGUUUGUCACGCAUUUACUACAGCGCUACCAGACUGUGGCUAAGAGCUUGGCCGGCUACAUCGACAAAGUGCAAAAUGCACAGCGUGCGAAUGACAAUUUCGUAACUGCUGCCAAAGAAUUCAAUGACUGGUUGUCUGAUGCCAAGAUUGAAUUCCAGGAAUUGGCGCGCAUGGGUUCGCCUGGCUCAUCCUCGGCCACUGCACAGCAAUUGCAGACAAUCAAGAACUACUUGAAGACCUUCGAUAAUGGACAAAUACUAUUGAACAAUGCUGUGGACAUUGGUGAAGCGUUGUACCCCAUUGUAACACCCGAGUAUCGUGAGAAGAUACGUGCAGAGUUACGUAAUAUACGCGAGAACUACGACUACUUGCGUGAUGAGGCCAAUGCGCUUUUGCAACAGGUUGAAGCAGUUUUGAUACAGAAGACAUCCAUUGAAGAGAGCUACACACAAGUAUCACAUUAUCUCAACGAAUCCAAAGCUAAAGUGGCUGCAGCCGACGAGCUCUAUCCCACAUUGGCGGCUAAGAAGAGUGCUUUGCAGAAUUACAAGACACAAUUGCAAGAGAUUACUUUGCAUAAGAAUGCGCUCAAGCAGUUGCACGAUAAGGCUGUGACACUAUGCGAUGAUAAUUCCGAACGCAAGACCGAAGAGUCUAUCGAAGAGUAUAACGGUUUAUCUAAGCAGAUUGCCGAUCGUAUCAACGUCGUUGGUAACCAGGUUGUCAAACACGAGGCGUACGAUCAAGUGUUGGAGAAAGCACAGGACUGGCUUAACACCAUCAAAUCUGAAGCCAUUGACAUUUUGAAUGAGACAACUUUCGAAAAAGAAGGCGCAGAAGAGAAGUUGACUGUUGUUGAAAAUCUAUUGCAACAUAAGCCCGAAGGUGACUCUAUAUUCGAUACUUGCCACCAGCUACUACAAACUGUGCUAACGCAAACACAUCCCAGUGGACAUCCUGCAUUGCUACGCAGCUUUGAGGAACCCAAGAAAGCAUGGGUCGACUUCAUGACACUCUGCCAAGACUCACUCGUCAAGCUGAAACAGCUGUGCUCGAAAUGGGAUGAGUUUGAGUCGAUCAUUGAUGAGAUUGAUAACUGGAUGAAGGAUGUUGAGAAUGUUGUUAAGAACCAGAGUCUGAAGAGUACGGCCGGCACGAAGAAAGCAUAUUUGGCACAACUACAAAACAUUGCCAAAGACAUCGAACAACGUGCAACAUCCAUUAAUGAUCUACUUGAUCAGGGCCGUGAAAUUGAAGGUGAAACCGACUUGAAUCUUAAACUCUCACGCUUGAACACACGCUAUCAGACGUUGAAGAAUCUCUGCAAAGAAUCCAUUGCGAAGUAUGUCAACUACACGAAAGAUCACGAAACAUUUGAUGCCGAUUAUGAGGUAUUCAAAAAGGAUCUCCAGCAGUGUGUGGCAGACUUAGCACAAAAUAGCGAGAUUGUUGGUGACCAAAAUGUAUUGCAAGAACGCCAGAACAAAUUGCGUGAGAUGGCAGAUAAGCGCAUCAACGACUCCACCGCAUUUGAGAGUUUAGUCGAUCGUGGCGAAAAACUAUACGGCCAUACAAGCCCCGAUGGUCGCGAGAUCAUACGUCAGCAAUUACGUACGCUACGCACCACAUGGGACAACUACUCCGAUGAUUUGAAUGCCGCCACACAGAAGAUCGAUCAAUGUCUGCAACAGUUCAACGACUUCAAUAUUGCCAGAGAUCAGUUGGCCAAGUGGCUGAAGGAUGUCGACAAGGCGAUGCAGAGCCACACUGAGCCAAAGACCACACUCCAAGAGAAACGUGCACAACUGCAGAACCACAAAUUGCUCCAUCAGGAGAUCACCACACACAAUGUGUUGGUGGAUAGUGUGUGCGACAAGGCGCAGGUUUUGAUUGAUCAAAUCAACGACAACACACUGAAUGUCUACUUGCAGUCGCUUAAACAAAUCUUCAACAACAUCGUUGAGAAGUCCGAAGUAAUUCUAAACAAUUUGGACAAAUGCGUGCAAGAACACACUGAGUUGAACAACCAAGUGGCCGCCGCUAAGUCAUGGAUAUCUGGUGAGAAGGAAAAACUUUUGGAAUGCGAUGAUGCCUAUGGUGAAAAGGCUGACAUCAAGCGCAAGAUUGAAACCUUGGUGCAGUUGGCACAGAAUAAGCCACAAGCACAAAAGAUCGUCGAUGAUAUACGUCAGCAGUUCGACAAGGUUAAGGCCAACACUUCCGAGAAGGGUAAUGAGAUCUUGGCGAAGGAAAUCGAUGAACUCGAAACAACAAUAAAGAGUCACUUUGAUGAUAUCGAAGGCAUUGAAGGCAAACAAAAGGAUGUGCUGAAACAAUGGAAUGACUUCGAGAGCAAACUUGAAGAACUGACAAAGUGGUGUCGUCAAGCCGAAGGUGUCUUCCGUGAGCAACAAUUGAAAUCAACUCUGCACGAGAAGGUCGAACAGUUGGAGAAAUAUAAGAUCCAACGCGAUCUCAUUUUGCAAAAGGAGAAGGAAAUCGAUGCUUUUGCUGAUGCUGCGCAUGCGUUGUUGAAUAAUUGCGGUGCUGAACGUCUUAAGACACUAACUAUACAGAUCACCAACCGUUACCAAUUGCUGCAAGUGUUGAGCAAGGAGGUUGUUAAUCGCUGGUCGAAUUUGGUGGACGAUCAUCAAAUAUAUCAAGACAAAUACAAUGAAGUUGAUCUAUGGCUCCAACCAAUCGAACAUCAGCUCGAAAAUGCUUUGAAGAACGAGCCCUCACAAGCGGCUAACAUCUUGCAAGUGCUACUCUCUGAAAAAGAACAAGCUGAGACUUUGUUUAGUGCACUGAAUGCCGCUGGUGAGAAGGCAUUGCCCGAAACUUCGACCGAGGGUCGUGAGAAGAUACGUAAAGACUUGCGUGACAUACACGAGCGCUGGGAUAAAUUAGACGAAGGCAUACGCAAUCUGCAGAAGCGCCAGGAGGCACAAAGUGUGCAACUGUCGAGCUAUCACGAUAUACUUGGUCAGACCGUCAACUGGUUGGAUCAAAUUGAAAAGGUGCUACAGAACGAGAAUCCCAGCACUUGGACGAGCGCUCAGGAAAUACGCUCCAAAUUGUACAAAUACAAGACAACCACACAGGAUAUUAACUCGCACAAACGUAUCAUUGAGGCUGUGAAUGAGAAGGCAGCCGUGUUGUUGGAGGGCACAGUGCCAGCGAAUGCUGCUGAGAUCAAGAAUGCCGUCGAUGAUGUUAAUAAGCGUUACGAAAAGGUAGCCGCCGAUUGCGCCAAACUGCUUGGUGAACUUGAGGAAGCUUUCGAUGUUUACCAACAAUUCAGUGAAUUGCAGAAAGCACAACAAGAUUACCAAAAGAAUCUGUGGGAUCGUUUGACCGGCUAUUCAGAUUACUCCGGCAAUAAGCCAGCCUUACAGGCGCGUCUAAGUAAGAUAUGUGAAAUUCAAGACGCUUUACCCGAAGGUGUUGUUAAGCUACAAAAUCUGUCCGCACAUAUCGAUGAGAAGGCCAAGUUAUUGCCUGCGCGUUCCAAAGAGGCUAUGUCAAGAGACCUCGCCAAUUUGCAUGCCGACUUCGACAAGUUCAGUGCUGCACUCAGUGAUGUCAAGAGCGGUCUUGAGAAUCGUUUGCAACAAUGGAGCGAUUACGAAGUGAACUUGGAUCGUUUGAUCAAUUGGUUGAGUGAAGCCGAGAAUGCGCUCAAGAAUUACAAUCCCAAGUCCACGAUGGAAGAGAAAGAAGAACAACUUAAUCGCUUCCAAUCUUUGAUGCAGAACUUGCGUCAAAAUGAAAUUGAAUUUGAGAAAAUGAAGGACGAUUCUUCGGAACUUAUACAAAGUUCAGGUGAGACUAGAAUUGCCGUUAAUGUGCAACAAGUUACCUCACGCUUCCAGUCCAUACAAGCAACCACAAAAGAGAUACUCAAGAAAUGUGAACAAUCUGUGUACGAUCAUCAACAAUUCAAUGAGAAAUACAAGCAAUGCUCAGAUUUCUUGGCCAACGCACAAGCGAAAUACGAUGACUCCAGUGAUCUGACGCAGGUGGGCUCCCGUGACGAUCUGUUGAAGAAACAGACUGCAAUUCAAGAGCUCUUGGCACAACAACCCAAUGCUUCAUUGAUGCUGAAUAGCACCAUUGAAUCGGGAGAGAAGUGCUAUCCCUCCACGGCCACAGAAGGUCGUGAGGCCAUACGCGUGCAAUUGGCUGAGCUCCAAGAAGCGUUCGAUAAGCUCUAUGACAAUGUGACAAUUACUUCGCGUAAGUUACAGGACAAGAUGUCCAAAUGGUCUGGUUUCGAUGAAAUCGCCGAAAAAUUGCAGAACUGGCUGAAUGAAAUCGAGAAAACACUACCUGCCGAUAUCGAAUUGAAAACCACUUUGGACGAGAAACGCGCCAAAUUGCAAACUUACCGCGAUAUACUCAAUGAUCUCAAUAACCAUCAAGUUGAAGUGAAGAAUUUGCAAGAAAUUGCAAGCAACUUGCCAGAGCAAAACGAUCAUGUUGAGAAUAUUACCAAAGAAAUUGCCGAACAGUUUGCUAAAAUUCAUAAGCGUGCACAAAACUUCGUGGAACGCUAUGAAGCCAUUGUCAGCGAUCAUCAGCAAUACACCAAGGCUGUCAUGGAAGCACAAGAGUACAUUGAGGCCACACACAACACGAUUGACUAUUGGGGCGAUUUGGAUUUAGAACAGGUAUCACUCCAUACAAACUUGGAUCGUUUGAAGAAUCUCAAGGAGAGCUUGGCAGAUGAGUUCCCACGUGUCGAUCAAGUACGUGCGCUGGGUGAAAAGGUUAUUCCCGGCACUGUCGAGAGUGGACAGACAAACAUCAAGUCACAAAUCGACACCACACAACAAGAGUGGGAGGGACUAAUCGCAGCCAUUACCUCAACCAUUGAAGCUAUUGAGAAUCGCUUGCAACAAUGGGCGGAAUACGAACAAUUACGCGAUCAGUGCUUGGCUUGGAUUCGUGAAUCGGACAACAAGUUACACGCUAUUGAUCUCAAGCCAACCCUCGAAGAGAAGAAGGCUCAAUUGGAAUCACUAAAGAACUUGCAAGGUGAAAUGCGCGCUAAGGAGCUUGAAAUCGAUAGCGUUUCCGAGAAGGGUCAGCUAUUACUGAAAGGUGGCUCUAGCAUGCGUUCAUCUGGACCUGAGCUAACGACUAAAUAUCAGCAGAUAUUCCUCAAAGUAAAAGAAUUGAACAACCGUUGGCAACAGUAUGUUACUUCACAUCAAGAGUUCGACAAUGCCGUCUCUGAAUGCGCCACCUGGAUUAAUGGCAUCAAAGACAAAUUGGAUUACUGCGCUGAUAUGUCUUCUAUGAGCCAAAAAGAGUUGGAUAAGAAGUUGGCAACCAUACAGGAUAUCAUAUUAUUGAAGGACGAAGGUUCUGUGAAGGUACUUAGUAUUGUUGAAUUAGCGCAGAAUGUGCUUGCCAAUACUGCACCGACUGGUCAUGAAGCGAUCAACAAGAAACUGACCGAUCUACAAGAAUUGUGGUCCAACAUUACACUGCGUAUCAUCGAUGUCAAGGCUACCUUGGAUGACUCCAUUACACAAUGGUCUGGUUUCUUGGAACAAGUACAAAAUGUACGCAAAUUCAAUGAGUGGCUAGAGAAUGUAUUGAAAGAACUCUCUGAAAAUCAAACUACCAUGCCUGAGAAGCGUGCACAACUCGAUCGUGUCAAGGCCACCGAAGAGAAGGUGCGCGUCGAGAAAAUCGAUGUUGAUGCGCUGAAAGUACAAGCUAAAGAGAUGAUUGCUAGUGGCCAACAGAGCCAAGCAGCAUUCCAGGCGCAAAAAGUACUGGACACAUUUGACGAAUUGUACGCACGCAUACAGAAAUUGCUCUCCGAUCGUCAUGAUCAAUACAGAGACCAUCGUCUCUACAAGGAAGCUUAUGACGAUUUGGUUAGCUGGAUUAGUCGUGCACGUGAGAAGUUCCCCGCACUCAAGCAGAGCAGUCUAAGCGACAAAUUGGCCAUUGAGAAUGCCGUACAAGCCACUGAAGCCAUGCUAAACAAGCAGGCACAGGGUGAAUUAUUGGUUGAACAUUUGGUUCACACUGGAGAAGUCGUAUUGACCAGCACAUCGCCACAGGGACAAGAAAUCAUACGCAAUGACAUACGCGCACUGCGUGAUAGUUUCGAGUCACUCUUCCGUGAGAUCAAUCAACAAAAGGAGAACUUGGAGGUAACUAUGGUGCAAUGGCGCGCUUAUAAGGACGAGUAUGAGCGUUUAAUUGAAUGGCUACAACAAAUCGAUAUUCUUGUAAAGAAUCACAAGUUGAAUCUGUCACCGAGCUUGCAAGAUAAAGAAAAACAAGCCGCCGAUAUGGCUGGCGUUUUAGCGCGUUUGGAGAAGGGCAAAGAAGAUAUAGACAAAUUCAAUGCCUCUUCUGCUGGUCUGCUUAAAUCUCAUUUGGAGUCCUACGUCAAUAACCAAUUGAGACACUUGAACUCAAUGUAUCAAGUCCAAGUAAAUCUCGCCAAGGAUGUGUUGAAGAAGGUUGAGACCAACCGUGAUCAACAUCGUGAAUACAACUCUAACUUGAAGGCCGCACAAGACUGGAUAAGUGAUGCCAAGGCUGCCAUACGUGAAGCCAGUGAAUCUUCCAGCGCCGGCUCGAAAGAGCUGCUGCAGAGACGCCUUGAAAAGAUUCAACAGUUGAUUAGCAAUCGCGAAAUUGGUCAGAAUCUGGUACACACUGCGAUUAACAACGGCGAGAAGGUGGUCAGAAACACGCGCUCUGAUGGCCGUGAUACGAUCAACAGCGAAAUGAAAGAUUUGCAGAACGAUUGGGAUAGACUUGUUAAGAAAAUGUCUACUGCCAAGGUACAAUUGGAAACCAAUCUACUCCAAUGGGCCGACUAUAGCUCCAGCUAUUCGCAAUUACAACAAUGGAUUACCGAUCGUGAGUCUAAGUUACAACAGGCUUGUGACCAGAAGGUUGUGAAGUCAAAACGUGGUCAACCGGGUCUCACUUCCGGUUUGAGUGAACGUAAAGCCAACCUACGACAAACUAAUAAUAUUGUGCAAGAUAUUGUGUCUUUCGAACCGAUGAUACAAUCGGUGGCUUCGAAGGCAUCCGAUCUGCAACAGGGCGCUCCAGCCUCUGAAAUCUCCAACAAAUAUGAGACACUCACCAAGCAAGCCAAGGAUUUGUAUGAAAAACAAAAGACUACAAUCGACGAAUUCCAGGCGCUCAUUGAUGCCGGCAACGAAUUCGCUGCCUGGCUGCGCAGCGCUAAGGAGCGUUUGAGCAAGUGCUCCGAGCCCACUGGCGAUAAACAAGCGCUGGCCGAGAAGACACAUCAACUGAAGAUUCUACAAAGCGAAGUGCCGGAAGGCAAAAAGAAAUUGGAAGCUGUAGUGACACAGGGUCAGCGCGCUUCUACCAACGCUGAGCAAGAAGAUCGUGAGAUUAUUGAGGAAGAAGUUGGCUUGUUGCAAGAAGAGUUCGAUGCCUACGUAGAUGCGCUCACCAAAGCCAAGGAUUAUUUGGAAGUCGGUAUUGUCAAGUGGUCAGACUACCAAGAUCAAUACAGCGAAGCAUUGGAAUGGCUUACCAAAACAGAAGCUUUGGUACAAUCCUACAACAAAUUGCAGGACAGCUUAGCACGUAAGAAGAUAGUCUUGGAAGAGUUCCAAGGACACUUGCAAACACUUUUCGAUUGGCAGAAGACAUUGGAUCACCUGAACAUGAAAGCACAAAUGCUGCUCGAGACCUGCUCGGACACACGCAUCAGCAAUGCCAUCAUGCAGUUGACAACCAAAUACAAUGCUUUACUCGCACUGGCCAAGGAGGUUAUGCGUCGUUUAGAGUUGCACUACCAAGAGCACCAACAGCAUCGCACCUUGUACGAAGAGUGCCAGUCUUGGAUUGAGGCCACACGCGAGAAACUCGAGGAGUGCGCACAGAUACCCGGCACUUUGAACGAGGUACAAAUCAAGCUGAACACUGUCAAGAAUCUGCGUCAAGGCUUUGAGUCGGGUCAGAAUAAGCUACGUUAUCUGCUCGAACUGAAAGAGAAGGUAAUCAUGAACACCGAACAAGGCGGCGCUACCAAAGUGCAAGAGGAUACUGAAACCUUGAAACAAGACUUCGAAAAAUUGCUUGUCGACAUGAAUGACGUGCGUCAGAAACUGGCUAACCGUCUGUCACAAUUGGAAGAAGUCUACAAAUUGCAUAAACUGCUGACCGAAUGGCUUGAAGAUGUCGAACCAAGCGUCAAGGCGAGCGACGAGUUCUUGAACGAUUUGAGUGAAAAACGCGCAGCAUUGGAGAAAUUCCGUGCCAUACAACGUGACAUAAAUGGUCACAAUGAUAUUGUUGAGAAGAUUAACGCACGCUUGAACGAAGAUAACAGUCUGGACCGUAAAGACUUCCGCGACGGGCUCAGUAAAUAUGAGAACUUACAAGAGACCGUUGGCAAAAUCAUCGAGUCGCUCGAAAACCAAGUCAACAACCAUGACAAAUACAAGCAGGCAUUCAAUGAAAUACAAGAUUGGCUGCGUCGCACACGCAUCGAGAUCGAACAGUGUGCCGACUGUCAUGGUGAGAAAGUACAAGUGGAGGAGCGUCUCAAUAAAUUGGGAGAUAUUGGUGCCAGCAUGGUUGAGGGUAAAUCAUUGUUGGACGCCUGUGAAGAAUUGAGUCAAGCCGUGAUUGCCACAAGUGGAAAUGAGGGUCAAGACACCGUCUCGCAAGAAAUCAAGCAAUUGGUAGCCGAAUGGGAAGCACUACAAGCAAUGGUGCGCGAUGCACGCUCCAAUUUGGAGACCUGUCUGUCGUUGUGGAACUCAUUCUUGCAGAAUUUCAUUAAGAUCAAUAAAUGGAUUGAAGAUGUUAGCCGACGUGUUGCUACCGCUGGCGAAGCCGAAAAUAAAACACCCGACGACUUGGCAUACGCCAAGAAACUGUUGGAGGAAGUUGUCGCGGAGAAGGAUAAUGUCGAAGACCUCAAUGACGCUUGUGAAUUGCUCAUGGAACACAGCGCCUGCAGCAGAGUACGUGAUCAGACCGUGGAAACCCAGUCUAACUACACCAAACUGCUGACACUGGCACAAGGUCUCGUUUCCAAGAUUGAAAAGAAUCUCUCGGAUCACACCGAGUUCUUGAAUUACAAAAAGGAAAUGGACGCUUGGAUUGAGAAGGCACAAGAAAUCCUCGACGGCUGCACUGGAGAUGGUGAUGUUAGUGAGAUCGCGCAACAACUGGAGACAGUUAAUUCGUUAGCUUCCCGUCUCCCCGAGGGUCAACAUCUGCUCGGCAUGGUACAAGAGGCGUACACAAAAGCAUCGAAUAUCACACCCGAAGGCAAGCAAGAGGUAUUGCGUGAGCUUAUGACUAAAGUACGCGAAGAUUGGGACGCAUUGGGUCUCGCUGUCAAACAGAAAUUGAGCGACUUGAAGCAAGCGCAAAAUCGCUGGUCCGACUUUGCCAACAAUCGUGACAAGCUCGAGAAGUGGCUCGUCAGCACUGAGAACACACUCAAAACUGUGCCCGACACUAAGGGUGAAUUGAGCGAAAUGAAGACACUACUCGAACGCUACAAGACACUACAAAACGAAAUUAAACAGAAGGGUGUUGAUAUUGAGAAUCUGCUGGGCGAAGCCAAGGGCUUAGGUACCGAAGUGGAUGCUGUACACCAAAAGCAGGCACGCUGGGAGAAAGUAAAGAACGAUUGUGCGGCCUACAUUAAGGGAUUGGAGAAUGAAAUGGCUGAUUACAAUGCCUACCACCAGAGUUUGCAGGAUAUUGAAAAAUGGUUACUGCAAAUUUCCUUCCAACUCAUGGCACACAAUUCCCUAUUCAUUUCGAAUCGUGAACAAACCGAAGAACAAAUCAAGCAACACGAAGCUUUAUUGGAUGAAAUUCAAAAGUAUCAAUCCAAUUUGGAUGAUUUGAAUUCGAAGGGGCAAGCACAAAUCAGACGCUACGAGCCGACCACACCAGCAAUACGCGACACCGUCGAGGCUCAAUUGAAGAACAUACAGGACAGUUACAAUUCCUUGUUGCAGACCUCAGUGCAGAUCAGAAAUCGCUUGCAUGAGUCAUUGGCCAAAUUCAAGGAAUACGAGGACACUUUGGAUAGCAUUAUGCACAAUUUGGAGGCCUACGAACCGGUCAUACAAAAUGAGUUGGAUGCGCCAGCCACCAGUUUGGAGAUCGCGCAGCAGCAAUUGAAGUGUGCGCAGGAUCUACAAACCAAACUGAACAACGAAAAGUCCCGCCUGGCUGCCGCCGUGCAAGCUUGUGAAGCUGCCACCGCCUCAAUCAGCCGUCCCAGCUCGCCGUUGGAGUCCGCUAUGCAAACCAUACCCGAACGUGAGCUCAUUGUGCGCGCCAAAUUGGAAGAUUUGUUGGAUCAGAUGCCGAGUAACCGAGCAGAGUACUCAAGCAACAUCGCCGCCAAAGCUGAUGUCGAACUUGAGCUACCCGAGACCAAUGAUGCUCUGCAUGAUCCAGCACGCUCUCAUAGCGAGCGUGUAACUAAGCUUAAUGCAUUAAUCACUAAGGUGCAAUCCCACUUGGGUGGAUUGACCGCUUCAGUGAGUGAAUUAGAGCAACAACAGAAACAACGCGUCGAGCUCCAAGAUUGGGUUAAGAAACAGGAGACAACUGUUAGUGAUUGGCUAACACGUCCAUGUAAGUUGCGUCCCGAAGCCGCCAAACAAGAGUUGGUCGCCAUGAAUGACCUCUUGAAUUCGAUUGGAGAUAAACGUUCACAACUGAUGUUGGAGAUGACUGGAUCAUUGGCCGAUGAGGACACCGAUCUCGAUGAUAACCUCGACAAACUCGAGUCCGAGCUAAUGAACGCUAUUGCCAAGAAGCAAGCAGGUCAAAAUGAUAUCGAUAGCUAUCGCCAAGGUGUACAGGAUGUACAAAACUGGUUCGAUUCGCUGAUCAAACGUAUGGAUGUAUUGGACAAAGGUUCCGGUUUGAAUUGUGCACAGAAGAAGGCUGCCAUCAACGAAAUCAAGAAAGAAUUCGAAGAACAGGGUCCAAACAAAAUCCAAGAGCUGAAGGGCAAAGCAGCACAAGUUGCCGAGGCUAUUAGCAAUUUGGAUGGCCAACAGGUCGAAGAACAAAUGAAAUCUUUGGAUCGUCGUUAUGCUGAUCUCGGCAAACGCAUCGAUCGCAAAGCACAACUUCUGGAUGUCACCAAUAAGGGUGUUGAUGGCGCUAAGGGUGAAAUCGAACAGUUACAUAAUUGGGUCAAGGAUAAGAUACAAGAGCUGCAAACACCCACUGCAAUGGGUUAUGAACCCAAAGCAGCUGAGGCACGUCAACAAGCCAUCAAGGGCAUUAUGAAGGAGGCCGAAGCGAAGAAGUCACAAGCUGACGCUUUGGAGAAACGUAUUGCCAAUAUGCAACCCGAACUUGAACCAGUCGAGUACGCACAACUUGAGUCGGCGCUACGUCAAUUGAAUUCCGAACAAAAGAAUUUGUCUGAAGUGCUGAAGAGUGAAUUAGAUCGCGCACUGGAUGCUUCCAAAGCACGUAAAGCCCUUGAGGUUGAUUUGGAAAAGGCACGCGCUUGGCUGAAAUCGAAGAUAGCCGAAGUACGUAAAUUGCCUGUGUACCACCCAUUGCCAUCGUCCGAAAUCGAAAAGAAAAUACAAGAGAAUAAGAAGUACGACGAUGAAGCGAAACAAUUCAAUGACUCAGUCUUGAGCGAUGUGCAGCGUCAAGCAGCGAAUAUAAUGAAGGACUGUCCGGAGGCAGACAGAGCCGCUUUGCAGAAAAUACUCGAUGAAAUAGCAGGCGAUUAUCAAACUCUAAAGGAUGAGAGUGGUAAGCGCGCUAAGGCUUUGGGCGAUCUGCUGCAUGGACGUAAAUCAUUCGAGGACGCCAUGAAGAAUAUGAGCGAUUGGUUGAAUGAGAUGGAGACCGCCACUGCUGGUGAAUUGCGUACAACCAGUGUACCGGUGUUGGAGGAACAAAUGGCUCACUACAGGAAAUUGCUCGAGGAUGCCGAAAGCAAGGCUGAUCUAAUGAACAAUGUUGCCGAUCAAGGCAAGGGUAUUUUGCCAACUCUGAGCAAUCCUGAUAAGUUGAAACUAAAUGACGACAUCAAGAACUUGAAGGACCGUUACGGUAAAGUGACACAGAACAUUAAGGAUCGCGUGAAUACGCUUUCCGAUCAUAUCAAGAAAUACAAGGAUGCUAAAGGUAAAUUAGCUGACUGCAUGCAAUUCCUCAACACAAUACAGCAACGCUUGCGCGAGCUCAACAAACCAAUCGGUUCAAAGAUCGAAGAUGUACAGGACUUGCUGGGUGCCUACGAAGGUAUCUUGAAGGAGCUCAAGGAUAGCAAGAACAAAAUGGGUGACAUACAAAUGGAUGAUCUACCCGAGUUGCAGAGCAUAUUACAACAACAGGAUGAUAUGAUCAAAUUGAUUGAAGACCAACUGGCUCAUCUGCGUCAACUGCUGUUGUUACGUGAGCAAUUCAUUGCGCUAAUCAAUGAGAUUAUCGCCUUCAUUAUGAAGUACACUGAUGUCAUAAUCGAUAUUGAGAACUCGCCCGACAGCUUGGAAGACAAGAUCAACAAGUACGACGAUGUUAUCGUCAAGAUACAAGAAUGUGAGGGUCUGUUGGCCUCUGCUUCCGAUAAGGGUCAGAAGAUUGCCUCUGAGGGUACCGCUGCCGACAAGAACAGCAUCACCGAACAGUUGCAAUCACUGAAAAAUCAACUACAGAACCUACGUAAGGCGGUCGAGUCACAACGUCAAAAACAUCAAGUGCAACUCGAACACCAUCGCAAAAUGGCUGCUGAACUUUCAGAAAUUCUCGACUGGUUGCAUAACAAUGAAGCCUCUGCCAAGUCCCGUCCACUCUUGGAUCGUGAUCCUGAAUCUGUAGAACACGAAAUACAGAAACACCACAAGCUACGCAAUGAAAUACAAGAAUAUCUCGAUAAAUUCGACAAAAUCAACGCCAGCGUCAAAACCGAGAUUGGCAUGCCCAGCUCACUGGUUGAAAUGCUUUCCGAAGGUCGUUCACUAGUCUCCUCACUGCCACAAGAGCUUGAAGAUCGCGAGAAAUACUUGAUCAACAACCGUGACUCACGUAUUGAGUACAUGAAAUUAGUCGCGAAAUUCAAUGAUUGGGUGCAUGAAGCUGAGACACGUCUACAAAACAGCCAACAUGGCAUCGACUAUGAAAAUCUUGUGCAAGACUUGGAAGAACAUAAAAUCUUCUUCGGCAAUGAAACACCAAUUAAGAAUCUGGUGCACAAACAAAUCCAAGAGGCCGCCGAUAAGAUUUGGCCCUCGUUGAGCAGCUUCGAACAGUCGGAAUUGUCGCGCGAAUUGGCACAACACCAAACUAAAUUGGCCAAUAACAUUGCCAAUGCCAAAUCGCAGCAAGGCGAAUUGGAGAAAGAGGUCGAACGUUGGCGCGAGUAUCAACAAUCGGUGGAGCGUGUUAAGGCAACCAUUGAACGCAGCAAGUUCAGCGAUGAGCCCGUACAGAAUUUGGCUGGCCUGCAUUUCAACAUACAGAAAUUGUCACACGCCAUCGGCAAUGUACAGAGUCAAACUAGUGACAUCACACUCGCCAAUCAGCAGGCGCAGGGACUUAUACGUCAAGCGGACGUACGCAAUCGUCAGCUGAUUGAACAGGAUAACGCCGAAUUGAAUCGUUUGUGGAACGAUUUGUUAAAGGGACUCGAGACACGUCGCGAUUCGCUGCAGAGCAUAGCUGAACGUUGGGACGAAUUUGAGAAUCACUUGCAUAGCUGGGAGAAGGCAAUUAGCCGUUUGGAAGAUAAAUUCCGCAAUGUCGACCCAGUAGUUAGGUCGCGACGUCAUUUGGAAGAUACAAAGAAUGCCAUCCAGGAAAUACUCGCCGAAUCUGAAGAACUUAAAUCAUCACAUAAAGAGAUUGAGGCGCUCUCAAAAUCAAUCGUCACAUUCCUUGGGGAAGUUCACCAACCCACAUCGCAGGCCCUACAGGCCAAAGUGGAUAACUUAGUACAGCAGCAAACAAAAUUAAACGACACCUUACGCGAGAAGGAUCGUCAAGUUGGCAAGGAUCUGGACGAGAUCGAACAGGUCUUCCAUCGCAUCUCAGAGUUGCAAGAUAAAUUCAACGCCCUACUCGAGCAGAUACAAGAAGUGCACACCUUUGACGAGCAUAUCGAAGCCAUUGAGAAGUCUUUGAACGAGUUGCAACAACAAGUUGGCAAGGCAGUUGAGGAGAGCGGCCAACUGAUUGCACAAACCAAGGAAAACUAUUUGCAGAAACAGAAUCUGAUACCAAGCGAUAUACAACAGGAAUUCACCGCAUUGGAGUUGCUCUCAGAGCGUGUACAAGGCGCCAUGGAAACCAAACAGAAAGAAUUCAAACGUGCCAAGACCGUACGCACCGAAUACCUGAGCGGCGUCGAUGAGAUUCAAAGAUGGCUGCGCCAGGCGGAGGUACAAGUACAGGAUCGCACACUCGCACCUGCACAAAUGAAAGAACUACUGCAUCGCAUUAAUCAGGAAAUAGCCGGCAUUUAUGAACGCUUCACAAUGGUCAAGACAAACGGACAGUUGAUUAUCGACAAUUGUCGCAACAGUAAUGAAAAACUGUUGGUGCAAUCGACGAUCGAUCAGUUGGCACAGGAAUUGGGACAGGUACGCUCGUGGUUGGAUGAGAAGAAACAACAGGUUGGCGAUAGUUUAGAUGCAUGGACGAGAUUUAUGAAUCUGUAUCAAAUUGUGAUGGCGUGGGUGGCGGAGAAACGUACCUUCCUCGAUCAGACAAUCGAACUGCGUACACUGCCCGAGGCGCGCAACAAACUCAAUGACUAUGUAGUGGCUGUGAAGAGCAUUAAACCGAUCGUGAAGCAUUUGAGCGAAAUGGACAAGGAACUGGAACACAUUGGACAAGUGACGACUGUGGGCGAUCUCAAGGAGAAACUGCAAGAGGCUGAGGAGGCAAAGGUUUCCGUGGAAGCAGUGCUGUUGGAAAGGAAUUCCCUACUGCAAGAAGCCUGCGAGGAAUGGGAUCAAUGCGAACGCAAAAUUAAGGAUAUACGCGGUUGGAUCGAGAAGACGAAACAAUCGCUGGACUCACCGCAACACAAGAAGAAACCGCUGCGCGAUCAAUUGGGCUACUGCGAGAAAACUUUGGCGGACAUCAAUGUACAGAAGACCAAACUGCGUCUGUCUAUUGAAAAAUUGGAGGUGCACUUCCGCAAUGGUAUGGGUGGCGAUCCGCGCCUUAGCGAGAAUGUCGAUGAUCUGCUGAAGGUCUUGGACGGACUGGCGGAAUUGGUGCGCACCAAAACCACUAGCCUGGAAGAGACGCUCAGCCAGAUCGACAUCUAUCAGCAACAGAUGCAAGCAUUGCGUCAGAAGAUCAUACAAGAGGAGCAACAAUUGCGACUCGUUAUGGCGCCCACGUAUCUGCCACACGAUCGUGAGCGUGCAUUAGCCGAGCAACAGGAAUUAACGCACGAUAUCGAAGAUUUACUGCAAUCCCUAUCGACGGUCGAAGAUGGCAUUGGUAAUUUGCCGAGCGCUAGUUUGGAUGGCAUGCUGCAAGGAUUGAAGCUAAUCCAAGAGAAUCUGGAAUACCAAGAGAAGGAAGCAACACGCCUACAAGAAAUCGGACAAACACUACCAACGGAUCCUGGCACUGAGCGCAUACUCAACGAGAUCAAAGAUCGCAUUGAUUUGUUAUUGCGACGCACACAGCAAGGCAUUACAAUGAUAGCGAACGCCAUGCAUGGUCAGAAGAAGCGCGAGGAGGAGCUCAACGAAUACCAAAUGCAUUUGAUUGCCUUGCAGGAAUGGAUUAUGGAGGUAUCACAACAACUGAAAGACCUCGAACCGACACCUGAAGUCGCCGAGGAUGAGGAACAGCUGAAAUCGCAAGCCGAACGCAGUCAACAAUUGCUGCGCACACUCAAGGAUAAACAGCAAUCACUGGAAGAGUUGGUCGAGAAGACGCGUCUACUGCAGCAACAUGAAGAUGUUGCGCCAAUGGCCUGUGAUCUGAUGGAUCAGCUGGAGCAUAUUAUCACGCUGCUGCGCGAACAGAUAACUGUGGCCACCACGCGCAUUUACACCAUUGAGAAGACUAUUGUGCAACUGCGUAAAACGAGACAGGAAGAGGAGCAUCGCAAACUUGUAGCCGCGGAAGCUUUGAUACAGCCGCCAGUUAGCGCACCAGCAUCCAUUGAAUCGAGCGCUAGCACUAUUGAUUCGGCGCCGAUGCCGGAGGAAGAAGUUAAGCCGGUUGAAACACAAGUGCUCGCAGUGGAAACACAAACGUCCGAGAGCCUAGCCGCACCACAGCCGCAAACUGUUGUGGAGACACACACAGUUGAGGCUCAAACUAGUUUGGUGGAACCUGUUGUGCCAUUAGCGCCUUUCGUUGAGACGACAGAGACUGCUAUGCAGACACAGAAAGAGCGUAAGCCCACUGAGAAUAUUUUAGUGACCUCAACCAUACAAGCUGGACAGGAAACAAUACAGAUUGACACCAUACCGAAUAAGGAGAUACCUGAAGUGCCCGAAGAUGUUGAAAUCGAAGCACGUUAUCAUCAACAACCGCAAGGCGAUGUGGAUCGUGCCACCGAAUUGGUAUUGAAGAAUGUGCCACAGGCAUUCGAAACAACUUUUGUCGAACCCGACCAAACAACAACCGAAGUUGUGGUGGAUGCCGAUGGCACGAAGCACAUUAUUGUGAAGAAGGUGACACGCACACGCCAACAGGUGGUGCAACAUCAGCAGAUCAGCUCUAUUGCAACGGUCACAGAUGCCGAUGGCAAUAUACAGAUACAAUCUACCGGACAACUGAAUCUGGAAAAUGUACAAACAGCCGAUACCAGUGGUGAUGAUCAACGUGGCUAUCAGACCGUGAUAACACAGCAGACACGUGGUACCGUUGUGGAUGGUUCCGAUCCGAAUGCGGUGGUCGUGAAAGAGUUCGAGACUGAGCCAACAAUCGAACGGUUUGAGCAACUGCAAACACCUGAGGGUCAAACCGAAAUGAUUACCGUCGUAAGUGAGGGUCCCACGACCACUGCCACUUCGCAGAGCAGCAUACGCGCGGUGGUGCAACAAGUGACGCGCAAGAUCAUACGUAAGACACGUAAGAUUAUUAAGCGCAUUGUUGUAAUCGAUGGUGUGGAACAUGUCACCGAAGAGGUGGUUGAAGAGCCAGAAGAAAUCGAAGUUAGUGAGGAAGAAUUGCCGCCACAGGUGAAUGUGAACAUCAUACGCACAGUCAAUGGUAAGGUGGUGACCGAGGAAGAGUUCGAACGGCUGACUAAAGAACCAGGCGUGGUAAUUGAAGAGGUUUCGACUGAUUUGUUGGAACCGCAGUUGCCACAGACAAGCGCACCUGUAGACGAGCCUGUCCCAUUGGUGGCAGACUCGACGCAGCCGCAACAGGUAUUUGAAAUUGAAUCCUCUACUAUUACUACUACAACAACACAAACACAACCAACAACAACAACCAGUAUUAUAACAACAAGUACUACAGAAAGAACAACAACAACAUCAACAGACCAAGCACCAGUAGAAUUUGUUGAUUUGCCCGCACCAAAAGUAGUUGAACAAAGCCUAAUUGAAACCGUAGAAACUACUAGUACUAGCCCUGUUAAUAUUCCAGCGGACUUAAGUACAACAACCCAAGAACAAACAAUAGUAGUUGAAGAAGCUAUUUCACCAAGCGUACAAAUUACCGAACCCUCAAAACCUAUAGAAAAUAUUCAGGAGAUUUGGCCACAAGAACAUCAUCUGGUGCCAACUGAUAUCGAUUUCUCACACCAUACCGAUGACACAGUCAAACCAUUGGUUGAGGCGUCUGAAGCUAUAGCUGUGACUGAGCCCAAACCAGUGGAUACAGUUUGGCCCAUUGAUGCAGAUACAGGUUAUCCGGUUUCACUGGAAGAAUACAAAUUCGAAAAAAUUGUAGAACCCAAGGAGAAACCUAGUGUUAGCGUACCACAGCAAAAGGCGGAAGUAGUGACAACAACUACUACGACUGUUACUACUGAACAAAUAACACCCGAGAAAAUUGUCGAAACCACUGAAAAGUCAGUACCCGCCGUACCUGAAUUAUAUACGGCGCCAUUGGCUCCAUUUAAAGAACCGGAAACUUUCAUCUCCGAGGAAAUAACCUCUGUAGUAUUACCAUCUGAAGUCACUGAGCCAGAGCCACAAGUUUCUGAACCUCAAGUAUUAACAGCUGUAAUUGAACCUGAAGUUUUGUCAAUUGAGCAACAGGAACCACCACCUAUAGCGUCUGAACCAACAGUAUUAGCACCAAUGCUACCAACCACACAAGUAACCACCGUCGAAGGAAUAUCUGAAGAGAGACCAAUACAGCCUGAAGAAAAAUUAGUCACAGAAGUUACUACGAUAACCAAAGAGUCCGUAACAACACGGACAGACGCACAAGAACCAGAAGCCGUUAUUGCAGAACAGCCUAUUAGUGAGCAUGUUUCUAUUACAUCUACCGAAACAGAUAUUACAACGCCACCGGAGGACAAGUUCUUGCCAACAUUACCUACCGAGAAAUCUCAAAUCGAUAUUCGUGCUGCCACACAGCUCUUCAUUUCUGGUGAAGUAUUGGCCACUGAUAGUGAUUCUCCACGUAAAUCAUUCACUGUGACUGCGCCCUCUAUCGAGCAAACUGGUAGCGGUGUUCUUAAAGUUGUACUGACACCUGAGGAAGAUAUUGAUCCCAAACAAUUGCCACCUAAAGUGAGCAUGACGAUUGUUGAAACCUCAACGGUGACAGAAACAGAGCGCGAAGAUACCACAUCUCGUGGCGAUGAAUUGAAUCUCACACCCGCCGAUGCCAAGCGAAGUCGUAAGAAAAAGAAAAGAAAGGAAGAUGUCGAACCUGAAUUAGAACAAAGUGAAGAAGAACCUAAGGUUGAGAAACCUGAGGUGCCAGUGUCUAGAGUUUCAGUGUCCGAAAUCGAUAUUGAAUCUCCACGUGAAACUGGCUAUGAAGCUGAUGACAAAACGCUUGAUGAUGACGAGACCGAUGAUGGUAAGAAGAAGCGACGUAAGAAGAAGAAACAAAAAGUGAAGACACGUGAAGAUGAAGAAUCCCAUAUACCGUCUUCAGACGCAACACCACGUGAUGUCGAAUCACCCAGUUUGGAAUCCGAAGGUAAAGUUAAGCAUGAAGCUAUUGCUGAGAUUAGCCCAGAAAGUGAAGCAACCAGCAUUGAAAUAGAUACUUCAGUGAAGGUUGUGGAAGAGGCUAUUGUAUCGCCAGAUUCUGAUUCACCACGUGCGCCUCUUACUGAGCUAGUGAUUCCUACCGAGGUAGUCGAAAUUUCCUAUGUGGAGGAUGAACAGCAACAAACGACACCACGAGAGGAACCGUCUGUACCGAUCUUUGAAGAACCUACGAAGGAGAUUAAAUCAUCACAGACAUCUCCUGAACACAAGCCCAAACAAGAAGAGAUUUCCUUACAGACCAGCAUUGAUGUUGUACCAGAAAGCCAAGAGACCGAGGUGCAGACAAUCACGGUUGAAAUAACGGAGACUGAAAUGCAGACUACACCGCGUUCUGAAGAACCGGUUGCACAAAUAACACUUGAGCCAAAACAAACUGAAGAAGAAGAAGUACAAACCGAGGUACCUUAUACAGAGCCCCUGCCGCAAGUUGAAGUACCGGCUAAACCAGAAACCACAGAAAUAUCAAGCCAAACAAUUGUGGUUACCACAAUUGAAAAGGAACUCCAAACCACACCUAAGGAGUCACCACGUACACCUGAGCCCAGUAGCACCGACGUCGUGAAACCUUUCGUGCAAGAGCUUGUCAAGGAUUUGACUAUUGAUUUACCCGCUGAAAAAGUCGAAACAUCAGAUCAAGCCAUCGGAACUGAUCAUACUGUCACGCAAGAGAUUUACGUUCAAACACUUACCCCGGAACCAGUGGAACAUGUGCAACCUGCAAGCACACCCGAACCGGUAAUUGAAGAAUUCAUCGAACCGGUGCAAGUGGUUAAAGCACCUGCUGAGCAACGUGAUCAGCACACAACCACCUUCGAGUUAACACAACUUGUAGACUCCACAUCUCAGACCACACCACGUCACGAACCUCAACCAGUCGAACAACCUGUUUCUCUGGAACCAGUUACGCUAACGGAAGAUAUCUCAUCUACAUUGACUUCCUUAUCUGAGCCUUACAAUAUAGAAAUCCAAACUUCAGUGGCAAUCCCACCAGACACGGACAACUCAGAGAUUGAACCUAUCGUUUACGAGCAUACACAAACAAUUGAACUGCCUAAACGUGAUAAAAAGAAGAAGGAUAAGAAGAAUAAAAAGCAUGCGCCUGAAGAAAAACCAGAUGAAGAUGAGUCCGUAGCUGAGCAAUUGCCAGAGGUCAAUGUGAAUAUCGAAAUAGCAAAGGACAUUGUACCUGAAGCUGGUGUGGUUGUAACUACCACCCAACAAGUGUCGGAAGAUACUAGUUCACCAAAUGUGGAAAGGAAACCACAAUUGGUGCAGUUGCAAAUCACUAAGACUACGGUCUAUGAAGAAUUCCCUGAUUUGCCGGUACAGGUUAGCGAGCAGAGUAAGGUGAAUCUUACCAGUCAACAAGGCAGCAAACCACGUUCCAGACCAACUUCAUCCGUCAUGAUUGAGGAGGUUAGUUCGCCAACCGAAGAGAUUGUUGUUCCUUUAACACCAGGUCCAGAUAAAGAAAUACCGGAAGGGGCAACUGAAAACAUUUGGUUAGCAGCAACAACGGCUGUUGGUAUUGACAAGACACCGAAAGAUGCCUCACAGGCGUUUAUUAUGUCUGAAAGUCUACAACACUAUCCCGGAACACAAGUGCCACCAAAGACAGUGGAUGUCUGGGCUGAAACGAAGCAAGUAAUCGGUGGACGAAUUAGAUCUUUGAAAGAGACAACACCGGAGCAUACACCACUCAGCAAUGUCUUGCAUUUGGCAACGUUAUCCGACAAGAUAAAGGAUGUGCCUGUGGAGGUGCGUGCGCAGGAGGUCAAUCAAGGUUUGCACGAUUUGGAGGAAGCUGUGAGACAUGGUGAUCGCACAAUAAUAGAAACAACUGUCAUAACCGUAAUUGAAAAAGUCUCCACAUGGUUGGAAACCAUUGAAUAUCGCGUGUACUUAAUCAGACAAAACUCUGAUGAAGGUCCUUCGGAAGAGAAGUUGGAUGACUACAAUCAGUUGAACGAUGAGCUCGGCACUAUCAAGUCGAAUGUCAACACGCUCGAAACCCAAUUGGAGAAAGCGGAUCACUUGACUGGUCCUGAGGUCCAACAGUGUGUUGAUGCGCUCAAGGAGCAUGUCAAUGCAGUGGAAGAAGUGACCAAAGAUAAUCAGGCACAAGAUUCCAAGGAGUUGAAUAAAUGGAACAAUUUUGUCGUAUUGAUACAUCGCACAACCACCAUUCUGGAGGAGCUGCAAGAACGUUAUGACACCAUUGUGAGUCAAGACCUAACACUCAACGAUAAAUUGCGCAGUCUCGAUGAAUUGGAGGCACAAAACGCCAAUGUACAAGCCAGUAUUGCGGAGCUCACGCAGAGUGCGCGCGCAUUCCAACGUAACUUCCCCGGCAAAAAGGUGCCACAAGACAUCUACAAUUCCUAUGAAGUCUGCAAGAACAUUGAGAACAACAUACUGGCCGAACGCGACCGCUUACUACAGUUGCAGUCAUUAGCCGAAGAGUAUGAACAGACACUCAAGGAAUUCACCAACAUCACAGUGCUGGCCGACAAGAUGGUUGAUAGUCCAAUUAUAUCCAGCUCAUUGGAACAGCUGAACAAUGAAGUGCAGAAACAUCGCAAAUUCUUUGUGAACCUAAGCCAUUGCCGUGCUAUGCUCGAGUCAUUGGAAGAGAAUAUCGAUACCGAGACGCGAGAGAAGCACGCCGAGUUGCAUAAAGAACUCUACAAUCGCGCAACUGUGCUUUUGGAGAAGGCUUCGGAGCGCUCUUCGAAAUUAGUGCAAGCUGCUUCACGCUGGACCGUAUUGGAGAAGGGCAUGAAGGAUGAAUUGCAGUGGUUGCAUGUGGCACAGCAACGUGUACCCGAUUUGUCCGCUGUCACUUCUGCCGACUACGACCAAUACACCACACUUUAUCAGUCCAUCAGUAGCGACAUCUCAAAUCACUACUUGAAAAUGACACAACUUUCAAAUAUUGCCAAUAAAUUGCAAGAUCUCGUACAAGCGCCAAAUUUGGUCGAAGAUACCAACGAUGCGCUCAUUGUACUGCUGAAGUUGCGUGAAGAAGUCUCGCUAUACCUACACCGUCUGCUCGUCUUCAAGGAGAUUUGGGCACAGUAUGAAAAUCAAACCGAUAAAAUGGAGAGUUUCGUACGUGAAGCCGAGAAAGAACUCCGUAACAUACAUAUACCCGAAGAUCCACUAGAGCAGCCAAUUGAACAUAUGCGUCAAUUCUGGGAGAUGAAGGCACACUUUGAAAUGCACAACAACAUACGAAAUCUCGCGGGUCAUAGUUUCGAGAAGGCACUACAAGUCAUACCGCUCGCCGACGAGAUGCUACAGCGACAAUUCCAUGCACAACUCGAGGAUCGUUGGCAAAACAUCGCCGCCUCCAUUGAGCGUAUACAGAAUAACAUUGUCAACAGCCUUGCCUCACAAGAUGUGCCCGCUGAAGAGAAAUUGAAGUUGGUCGAACGUGAGUUGCAAGAAAUCUAUCUCACAAUGACCAGCAUUAAGGGCGUCAUCAAGAACGAGGAAGAGCUGUGCCUUUACAUUGAGCGCAUACAAGUGCUACGUACACGUGUUGGCUUCAUUGGCAACGAACUGGGACGCAUCGGUCUACAAGAUCCACCCGUUGAACCGGAAAAGGUCGGCGAACUGUUCCAGCUCUCGCACAAGAUCAACACACAAAUUGCCGAAGAACUCGAAGGCGCAUCUGUGCUGCGCGAACAAUUGCGCGCCAUACAAGAGGGCAUACAAAAUCUACGCAAACAUCAAACAAAGCUCUCCGUCAUAUUGGACGAAUGCGAAAGCGCCGAGAAGCUGAGCAGCGAAGCCAUUGAAAAGGCGGUAAUCGAUUGUCAAGCGGUGGGUGAAGAUCUCAUCGGCAAUUGGCAAGAAAUCAUGCGUAUACGACAAAUGUUGCAUACGCUGCCGAUGCGCCUGAAGAUGUCGGUGUCGCCGGUGAAACUGGAGCGUGACAUCUCGCAACUCCAAGACGAUCAUGCCUUCCUGGAGAGCAAAUGCACGAACAUACUAGCCAUAUUGAGAAAUCGUUUGGCGCUCUGGUUGCGCUACGAACGUCAACUAGAGUUGGUGCACGAUUCCGUGCAGGAGACUGACUUCAUGAUGGAAUUGCUCAAGGUGCACGGACAGGUGGACUACGAACGGCUGCGCAAGGCCACGGAGCGGCUAGAGGGUCUUGCUGGUGAUUUGCAAAAUCGUGAAACACUCUUGGAUGACUUAAAGACUUCGGCUAAGCCUCUUAUCGAAACAUGCGAUGUACAAAUUGUCGAACAGAUCGAAUCGGCCGUACAGGAUGCGGUUGUAGCAUGGAAUGAUACCUCGGAUAAUCUGCAACAAUUGUGUACACGCUAUCAGCGUGCUGUCGAGCUUUGGGAGAAAUAUCGCAACGCCUCGGCGGCCAUACGCAAUUACGUUGAACAGCAAAUGGAUACGGUGAAGCAUUUGGAGCAGCCAGUGGAGACAUUGCAAAAUGCUAAGAUCUGCCAUGAUAAUUUGAAUGUACAAACGGAUCGUUUGUCUGAGUUGCGCGAUAUCGUUACGAAAAUAGCCGCCGAUAUUGGUUUGGAUGCCUCCGGCCUCAUGCAAGGCGAAUUGGAUGCUUUAGGCCAACGUUUGCAAGACUGCAAGGAGGCCAUUACCACAUUGGCCAAUGUGGCCGAAGCCAAGGAUAAAGAACGCAAGGCCAUCGAUGAGAAUGUACAACAAACGAAGUCGUACUUGAACAAUGUACAGAAGGAUGUCGAUCGCCAAGCACAGGUCACCGCUGCCGGUGUGCCUAGCGAAGAGCAGCUGACGGCCUUGCGUACCCACUUACAGACAUUGGCGCGCACGGAGGAAGAACUGAAGCAAUUGCGUGAGCGCAAUAUUGAGAACAUCGCAACGGAGCAUGGCAAUUUGGCUGACGAUGACAACACCAUCAUUGAAGUGUUGGAGUUGUGGCAGAAGAUAUUCCAGGACACGUUCCAAGAGUAUCAUCGGCUCUCCACACGUUUGCUGCGCAGUCAGAACAGCGCUGAGGCAUUGAAGUUGUGGCGUCAGUACUUGCAACAUGUGCAACAAUUCCUCGCUUGCAACAUACCCGAAGACUACACCAGCCUCAAAGAGCAGCAACAUCUGUGUGAGAUUCACCAGAAUCUACUAAUCUCGCAGCAAAAUGUGCUCGCCACACACACGGAGGCCGAGCAGCAACUCGAACCUGCGCUCGCUGAACAAUUCAAGGUGUUGACCAACAUGCAUAACGAGACGCUGUCGCGUAUUAUGCAACGCAAUAACGAGUUAGAGGCACGCAUGACUGCUUGGAAUAAAUAUCGCGCUGAUUUGGCGGUCUUACUUGAGUGGUUGAAGGAGCGUGAGAAGGAGCGCACACGCUUGCAACUGCGCUACAUACACCUGAAGCGCGUGCCACGCCUCAAGCAACGCUUGGACGAGCUGCUGCAACAGUUGCCAGCGGGCGAAGCAAUGUUGGCGAAGUUGAAGGAGCAACAAACUGAUUUACUGCGCUUCUGCGAUGAUGCGCUUGCCACCUCCAUACGCAUGGAGCAGUCCAGUGUAGCACAACGCAUUAACAACUUGAAGGCGGCGCUCGAGACAUGGAACAGCUUCUUGGUGAAAAUUUCACAGCUGGCAAGCUCUUAUGAACAGCGUGUGACUCAGUUGGAUACCGAGUUCGAUAAGGUCCAAGAAUUAGUAACCAAAACGAAUGCGCUGUUACCUACCAGCUCCAGCGACAUACAGGAUUGUCUGAGUAAACUACGCGCGCAACAGGUGCAUCUCUCGACACUCACACAAGAUCUCGAAGCACUCAAUGUGACACAAGAGGAGCUCAAGGAAUGUAUUAGCCCACACGACAUGAAGGCCAUAAGACAGAAGAUUUGGCUGCAUUGGCAGCAACAUGCCGAUCUCGAAUACCAACUCUCGACUUUGAUCAACAUUAUUGAGGAACGUUUGUCAUUGCAUGCGCACUUCAACACGCGCUACGAGCGUUUGACGCAUUGGUUGAACGGACUGGAGCACCGUGUUGAGCGUGACUCAGACAUCUCAGCAAUCGCGAAUCCGGAAGACGCCGCACGCCAGCUGGAUAAACAAAUCACCGCUGAGCUGCAAUUGCGCGAAAAGGAUCGUGAAUGGCUACUCUCUAGGGGACGUGAGCUCAUCUCACUCUACACAGACAAUUCGCGUAAUGCCGAGGCCAUUCGUCAUGAGGUGCAAGAGAAAUCCGAUAUGCUCAUCGAUCGUUGGGAACGACUGAAGUACCUGAGCAAGCAGCGCGCCAAUAAGAUUGGCGAUUUGAAGAUGACACUGCUGCGGCUGGAGGAACGCAUUGCCUUAAUACGUGCCUGGAUGUUCGAAGUUGAGACCGAAUUGGAUAAACCGCUCACAUUUGACUCGUACACGCCACCAGUUAUCGAGGCGAAACUGAAGGAGCACGAGAAGAUACAACGCUCCAUUGAGAAUCACAGUAGCAAUGUUGGUGAAGUGUUGAAUUUGGUUGAAAUGUUGCUGAAUGAUGCGGAUACCUGGCGCUCGCAUGUGAACACCUCGAACCUAGGUGUAUCGGCGCAGAAUCUCGAGAAGCGCUGGAAGAACGUGUGUCAACAAUCUGCAGAACGCAAACAACGCAUACUUACCACAUGGAAUUUGUUGCAGCAAUUGAUCAAAUUCACGACUGAGUACAAAACAUGGCUGAGCAAACAGGAGUCGGACAUUGCCGCCUUCGAACGCGACUUAACAUCUUUGUCGAAGGAGGAUGCAGUUGCACGUCAAAAGGCUGUCGAAACCAAGCUACGUGAGCUCGAGGCACAAGAGGCGCCACUCAACCAGCUGGCACAGACCUAUGCCAAACUCAUGAUGAGCGCUGGCGUGGACCCUGAGAACAUACAGAACCUCACCAUGCCCACAAAGGUAAUGUUGGCGAAGUGGCGUCAACUUGGUCCACGUUGCCAUGCCGUUAUCGAUGUCAUCGACAAAGAUGUCAAACUGCGUCGUGAUUUCGAGAAGGCGCAACAGGAGGCCGUACACGCACUGACCGGCAUACAAAACGAACUCGAACGCUUGCAAAAGCAACAGCCAAACACACCCGCUGAGGCACAAGCUGCCUUGAAACGUGUCGAAAACCUUGAAGCCAAACUGAAACAAGCCGGCGAGAAGGUCGAAAGUGCCGACAAACUAGCGGGUGAAACCAAGAACAAGGCGAAACAAGACGAACUGACGCGCAUCAUAACGCUCAUCACGCAAUACACCACCAUCUGGCGUGAGCUGCAAACGCGCAUAGUCACAAUCAAAACCGAAUGGAUCGCAAGAGCUGCUGCCGCCGCUACCGGUGUGGCCGGCGCUGUUGCCGAAGCCGCAAUCACCGCGACACACGCGUCCGGUGCCGAUGCUGGCGUGCAAGUGAACACUUUGUCACAGCGCAAACUGCGCAAGGCACAAAUGCAACGCGAAACCUCUAUCACCGCCAAGGAUGCCUACAUCAUGGAGCUGGAGACAGCGAUCAAGGAGUGUCAAACGAAUCUCGACGAUUUGCAGCGCACCAUUUGCGACAAGACACGCAAACCGGGUCCGCAAAAGAUGUCCAAACUGAUUGGCAACGCACAAUCGUCCACCGAGCUGGUGAAGCAUUUGAGUCAGCUGUUGCUGAGCGAAUGCCAAGCGAACGCCGAUGAGGCGCAAACCGAGACCGUGGCAGAGCUGGCGCUGCGCUUCGAAACAUUGCUGUCGCAAUGGAAGACGCGCCAACAGCAAGAUCAAAAAGCUAGAAGUGCGCUUCCCGCUGCAUACAAACUGACCUGUCCACAUGAGGUCGGACGCCUGACGUGCCCGCUUUGCACACAACGCAAUUGGCAGCAGAUCGACAACGAUCUGUGGCGCCUCGAGCAAUGGCUGCAGUUCGCCGAAGGCACACAAAAGUCACAAACCACACCACCCUCCAAUAUUGAACUGCUCGAGGAUGUGGUGCAAGAUCAUCGUGAGUUCCUGCUCGAUCUCGAGAGUCACAAAUCGAUUGUGAUGAGUUUGAAUGUGGUCGGCGAUCACUUGGCCACACACACAUUGGACACUGAUAAGGCGCGACAAUUGCGCGAUCGUCUCGAAGCCGACAAUCAGCGUUGGAAUGCAGUUUGCAUGAUCGCUGCCAAAUGGCAGGGUCUCCUGCAAACGGCGCUCAUGGGCAAUAGCGAAUUCCAUCAGAUCAUCGAUGAGCUGUGCGCUUGGUUGCAACAAACCGAACAGAAUAUCAAGUCAUCGGAACCGGUCGAUUUGACCGAGGAUCGUAGCGUAUUGGAAGCGAAAUUCCGUAAAUUCAAGGAGUUGCGCGCCGAACUGGAACGCUGUGAACCGCGUGUUGUGAGUUUACAAGAUGCGGCCGACCAGUUGUUGAAGUCCGUGGACGAGACGAGCGCCGAGUCGACACACACCUAUGCAAGAACCCUUUCCAGAUUGACUGAUCUGCGCUUGCGUCUACAAUCGUUGCGACGCCUAUCCGGCAUUUACAUCGUGAAGUUGGGCGCUGUGCUCGGCUAUGAUGGUGAUAAUAUGGGCGUAUCGCUGCAUAUGUUGUCGAAUGAGCUUUUGGAUCAAACUACAUUACCCUCUACAUCUUCUUCCAUGCAGGCAGCCGCACCAUACACUGAUAAUGCAAACGGCACCACCGGCACCGAUGCCGAUGCUGUCGAUGGCGAUGCCAUCAACACCACCGUACUUGCGCGCGGUGCACGCUUCCUCGGACGGGUUGCACGUGCCUCGCUGCCCAUACAAGCGCUCAUGUUGCUGUUGUUGGGUGUUGCCACACUUGUGCCCCACGGUGAAGACUACACCUGCAUGUUCUCCAACUCGUUUGCGCGCAGUCUAGAGCCGAUGUUGUCAUACCCAAAUGGACCGCCACCGACGUAGUAGUUGGUACACACACAGCAAAAAGAAAACAAAAACAACAAUAAAAGAGUAAAGUAAAAACACAACUAAACGAACAAACAACAAUAGAAUGUAAGCAUAAAAACAAAACGAAUAUAUAAAUAAUAGUAAUUUAAGUAAAUCAUUUGUAAAUGUCAAAAGGAAAUGAAAAAAAUUGUACAGUGUCUCAAGACGUUGCAGUUGGAUAGGGGUAUAUUUUGUACGCUUGCGUGAAAUUGCACAAAAGUACAGAAAAAAUGAUGUUAGAGAGAAGUAUGUAAGAAGAGAAGUAGAAGAAACAGAAGAAUUAAGCAAAAAGUCUUGUAUUAAAAUCGCAGUUCUGUGUAUCUCGCCUUGCUUGUAAUUGUAUGUACAAUAAUUUGUAAACAAUAUUACCGAUUUCUAUAAAUUUGUACAGCACUUAGUGCUUAACCUAAGAAGAAUUCAAAAUACUUGCCGAACGGAUUUUCUCACUGGUAGUUUGUACAUUUGAUAGGCAUUAGAUAGCGCUUUGGUAUAAUUGAGAAAAUGAAAAACGAAAAAAAUUAAGAAGAAGAAGAAGAAGAAGCUUAGGAAAACAGUAAGUUAAUAAAAAAUGACGGCGAAUGAAUAUAGUGUAAUUCGAAAGAAUUGAAAAAAGAGAGCCGUUAGCUGCUUGUGAAAAAAAAAAAAAAUAAAAAAAUAAUAAUCUGCAAGUUAAGCGUAGAAGAAGAAGCAGAAGAAAAAAUGUGAAAAUUUAGUGUUUAAGCUGGUCAAUAAAAAGAAGCAGAAUGAGAUGAAGAAGAGAAAAAACAAAAAAAAAAAUACGAUACGCACAUAGUACACGAAAAAUUAUAGUAAAACAAAUUUUUGAUAUUUUCCGUACACGAAAAAAGGAAUACAACAACUGCCCAACACAACAACAAACACUCUUGUGACUUGCUUUACACGCAGCGAAUUUCGUGGAACAUUUUUGCUACGCGUGUAUUGCAAGGCCUGAAAAUACAAAUUAAAACACGGACGAAAAUGCCAAACAACAACAAUGCGCACUUGUAGAAAACCGAAAUCCUUAAAGCAUACAAAAAACAAAAAACUCUCCAAAAAUUUUCAAAUUUUCUCAAAAGCCACAUUAAGAAAAUUACAACAACAACUUACAAACAUGACCCACAAAAUAAAAAAUAAAAUUUUUGAAAAUUGUUAAACGCGCACUUUUUAACACGACCACAUCUCCCAAAUACAGCGGUUGUGUUGAAAAUUCGCGCAAUUGCAUUUUCGAAAAUUUAUUUUUGAAAAAAAAAGUCAGUGUUACGCCCAGCCCUUCGGCGCUUAGACACGCAUGCGCACAAAACUCUCUCCAAUCGUGCGCAGGUUGUUUUGCGCGCCGAAUGGCCGACCGUAACGCUGAUGCAACUGAAGUACUGAAACACGAUUAAUUUCGGACAAAUCGAAGACAUUCCCAAACAGGCAUUACCAUAGUUAGUUUUUGCUAAACGUUAAACAUUUCAUUUAUUUUCCAAAACUCGUAUAGUAAUUAUUGUAGUA